AUGGCUGAGCACCUGCACUAUGGAGACCUUUCCGGGUCCCUCGGAGCUGCUGGGGAAGAGCGGGAAGCCUUCAGCGGUUCCAACAUCCAUGUGCCCUCCGACGCGGACAUCGUCGCAGGAGCUGCCGAUGACAUGGCCCGUGCUCGGCAGCAGCACGAGGAGGCGGUGCGGGCCUUCGAGCAGAAGCGCACCCAGCGAGAGCUGGCGGUGCCCACCGGGGACGUGCAGGUCAAGGCCAAGCUCCGCGAGUUUGGUGAGCCGGUGUGCAUCUUCGGCGAGGGCCCCUACGAGCGCAGAGACCGCUUGCGGACCAUCAUGGCGGGCCGUACCGCUCCGACCUUGGACGCGAAGAGGCAGGAGUCGACCGGGGACGAGGACCUUUUCUAUACGGAGGGCUUGGAGGAGCUGCUGGAGGCUCGCGUGAAGAUCGCAGAAUGGUCAUUGGCCAGAGCAAACCAACGGCUG